AUGUCUCACUUAACAGCAUUACUAAGAAAGAACUAUAUAUUAUGGAAGAGGAAUUGUUGUUGUUCGGUAUGCGAAAUCAUACUUCCUUUGUUUUUCAUUGGAUUAUUGUUAACAAUCAGGUACUUUUAAUGCUAAAAAUAGAGCUCAAGUUGAAAUAGAUGAAAUACCUGAAUCUUCUUAUUUAAAAGUAAACAAAGAUUCAGAUUUGCCUCGAAUUCUUGCUCCAAACUUAAAUAAUUUUCCAAAAAAUCCAGAUUAAGACACUGAAAAAUUGCUGAAAAUACUACCUUAGUUAAAGUAUGUAUAUUAUUAUAUGUUAGAAAUUGUAUUGACAAUAGAGAUAAUUCAGGUGCUUCAUACAGAAAUGGAUUAAUUGGAAUUGGACCAAAAGAGAAUGAUGUGGCCUAGAAAUUAUCAAAUUACUUUAUUGAUUAUUAUGGAUAUGAUGUAAAAUGGUUCAAAAAUAAUGAUGAAAUUGAUGAUUAUGUGAGAUAAGAAGGAUAUAAUAAACUAGAAGAUACUAAAGGUCUUUGUCUAGCAAUAAUAUUUGAAAGGGAUGAUUUUGUUCAAAAGGAUUUUAGCUAUACUUUAAGAUUCAACACUUCAGAUUCGACAGAUUACAUAGAGUAUCCAUUAAAUAGAAAGGAUAAGAUCAAUUCAUUUAAAUAGUAAUAAUUAUUAAAUAUAUUAUUAGUGAGGAUUAAGAAAAUACAUAUUUAUUUUAUGAGAAUGGAUUUCUUACUAUUCAAAAUUGGAUUGAUAAUUUAAUUAUUCAAUAAUAUGAUUCAUCUGUAACAAUAGAGCCAACUCUCAGUCAUGUUAGAUCAAGAGAUCAUAUUGAAGAUAAAUUUCCAGAUUUCGUAAAUGGAGCUUAUGGAAUAUAUCUAACAUUGCCAUUAAUGAUUGUAUUUUUAAGGAUGACUCAUGGAAUAAUUUAUGAAAAAGAGAAGAAGUUAAGAGAAGGAAUGAAGAUAAUGGGAUUAAGUAAUACCUAAUUUUACUUAUCAUGGAUAAUUUAAUACCUAUUAAUCUAUGGAGUCAUAUCAAUCUUGGCUACAGCUAUUCUAAGUAUAUUUAUAUUUUAAUAUAAUUUUAGAAAGCAUGAUAUUUGUAGAAUCUGGUUGGGGAUUUAUAUUCUUAAAUUAUUACUUAUGCUGUCUAGUUCUAAUAGUUUAAUCACUAUUUUUGUCUGUGUUUUUCACAUAAGCAUUAACAGGAUUAAUAGUUUCAAUUGUUUGGUAUUUACUAAUGUUUUAAAUGUUAAAUAUGGUACCUGGUAAUGCUAUUCCAACUAGAAGUUAAUAUUGGGGAGUCUCAUUUUCAAGUCAAGCAUCAUUAGCAUUUUCAUUUGGUGUGGUAACUCUUAUGGAAUCAUAAGGUAUAGGAUUUUUUGGGUACAAUUUGACAACAUCUAUUAAUAAUUAUAGUAUUUCUAUAGCUUGGACUUGGCAUAUUAUCAAUUUUUUUGUAUAUUUGAUUUUGGCCAUAUAUUUGGAUUAAGUAUUUCCAAAUGAAUGGGGUGUUAAGAAACAUCCAUUAUUCUUUAUUAAUUGGAUUUGGAAAAAGGAUAGAAUGGAUAGAGUAAGUCAUUCAUCAAUGACAUUGGAAAGAAUGAAUACACAUGAUGAUAAAUUUGAAGAAGUUGAAUAAGCUUUAAAGGAAUAAGAAUUAAAGAAUGAGGCACUUAUUAUUAGAGGAUUAUAUAGAACAUAUCCAAAUGGUAAAUAGGCUGUAAGUAACCUAAAUUUAUCAAUGUAUUAAGGAUAAAUAUUUGCAUUAUUAGGACAUAAUGGUGCUGGUAAGACAUCAACAAUUUCUAUGCUUACAGGUUUAUUGGAAAUAACAAAAGGAGAUGUAAUUGGUUAUGGUUUUGAUGUAAAAACUGAAUUAUAAGAAUUAAGAAAAAUUAUGGGUGUAUGUCCAUAACAUGAUAUAUUAUUUGAUAAUUUGACUGUAAAAGAACAUUUGGAAUUGUUUGCUUAAUUUAAAGGAAUGAAAUCUAGUGAAAUUUAAGAUUAGAUAACUAAAAUAAUAGCUGAUGUUGAUUUGACUGAUAAAACAGAUUAUCUAAGUAAGAAUCUAUCAGGUGGUUAAAAAAGAAGAUUAUCAGUUGCUAUAGCAUUUAUUGGAAAUUCAAAAUUAGUAUAUUUAGAUGAGCCAACUUCUGGAAUGGAUACAAGUGCAAGAAGAUAUAUUUGGGAAAUGUUAAAGAAUUACAAAGAUAAUAGAAUUAUUGUUUUAACAACUCAUUUUAUGGAUGAAGCAGAUUUUUUAGGAGAUAGGAUUGGUAUAAUGGGUGAAGGUAAAUUAUUAUGUUCUGGAAGUAGUGUGUUUUUAAAGAAUAGAUUUGGAGUUGGAUAUAAUUUAACUUUAGUUAAAGAUAAUACAUAAGUUGAAUCUUAAACAAUAAUAGAUAACAUAAUUAAUUAUAUUAAUACAGCUACUGUUUUAUCUAAUGUAUCUGCAGAAGUAGUUAUGUAAUUACCAAUUGAAUAGAUUGAUAAAUUCCCAAAUUUAUUUGAGUAUUUAGAUAAAAACAUGAAAAAUUUACAUAUUUCUACAUAUGGAAUCAGUAUUACUACUUUAGAAGAGGUUUUCUUAAAAGUGGCUAAAAUAGGUGCUGGACAUGAAUAAGUUGAUGAUGUACAAAAUCAAGAAAAAAAUAAUUAGAUUAAUUAAAAUUUAGAUUUAAAAAUUGAAAAAAUAGAAGGAUUUUGUUCAAUUUUUUUUUAACAUUUAUUUGCAUUAAUGUAGAAAAGAUUUAGAAUAUUUAGAAGGGAUAUUAGAGGAUUGAUUUGUGAAAUAUUUGUACCAAUAUUAAUAGUAAUUUCUGGAUUAGCUUUAAUGACAGUCAAAUGGAUGAAAGAUGAUGAAUUGGCAAUUAUUACACCAUAAGGUCUUUAUGAUAAUUAGAAAUUAUAAUUAUUUUGGGGUGGAGAUUAAACUGGUUAAAAUUUAAUGUAAUAUUUUUCAACUGAUGAUUGGACUAUUUCUAAAUUAUCUUCAAAUUUAGAAUAAGCUGAUAAAGAAUAUUUUGAUUAAUUUGAAUUAAGAGAAAGUCCAGGAUGGUAUUUUUUUAAUUAAAUUAUUGGUUCUACAUAUUCCUAUUGGUUUUUACAAAAUUCAGUCUUUGUUCAAAGUUCUCCAUUACUAUUAAAUCAAAUGAAUUAAGCAAUCUUAAGAAAAGUUACAAAUAGUGCUUCAGCUAGUAUUGAAUUAUCUUUUUAUCCAUUUCCAUAAACUCAUAAUGAAAAAAGUAUUGAUUAAUCAGUUGCAGGAUAUUUAUCAGCCUUUAUAUUUUCUAUUGGAUUUGCAUUUAUUCCAGCAUCAAUUAUUUCAUUUAUUGUAAAAGAAAGAGAAAUAAAUAUUAAACAUUAAUAAUUAGUUUCUGGUGUAUCAGUCUUAGCUUAUUGGACAAGUAAUUGGAUAAUUGAUAUAGUUAAACAUUUAAUACCAGCAAUUGUAAGUGCAUUAAUGGUAUUAGCAUUUGAUAUAGAUGCAUUAAUAUUGGAUGGCAAUUAUGGAGCAGUAUUUCUAUUCUUUAUUCUUUAUGGAUGGGCCAUUAUACCCUUUAGUUAUGCUUUAAGUUUUUUUUUCAAAGUUCCAGGAAACUCAUUAUUAUCAUCUUUCUUUAUUCAUCUUGUUUUUGGAUCUAUACUUAGUAUUGUUAUUUAUGUAUUUUUCUUAAUUGAAUCUACUAGAGAUGCUGCUUCAUAUUUAGUUUGGAUCUUCAGACCUAUUCCAUCAUUCUCAUUUGCUUUAGGAUUAUUAAGAACAAGUUUAAAAUAAUUUUUUGAAUUGAUUUUUGAAAAUUCAAUUACUCCACCUAAUACUUUUGCAAUGAGAGUUGCAGGUGAAGAUUUAUUAGUACUUGCAAUAAGUGGAGUUGGAUAUAUGAUUAUUGUAUUUAUAUUGGAAUUCUUUGAAGAUAAUGGUUCAUUAUAAAAAUUGGGAUCAAAUGAAUCAUCAAUUCCUUAUAAUCCAAAAAUAUUAGAUGAUGAUGUUGAAAAAGAAUAAUAAUUAUGUUAAAAUUAUAGACCUUAAGAUUAAGCAAUUUUAGUUAGAAAUUUAAGAAAGGUUUUUAUGUUAGAAAAGAAAUAACAUAAAGUUGCAGUUGAUAAUAUUUCAUUUUCAGUUGGUAAUGGAGAAGUAUUUAGUUUAUUGGGUGUUAAUGGAGCUGGUAAAACAACUACAUUUAAAAUAUUAUCAGGAGAAUUAAAACCAACUUCUGGAGUAGCUUAUGUAUCUGGACAUAGUGUUAUUGAUUAAAUUUAAGAUGCAAGAAAAAAUAUUGGAUAUUGUCCAUAAUUUGAUGCUUUAUUGGAUAAUCUUACAGUUUAAGAACAUUUAGAAUUGUUUGCUAAAAUUAAAGGGAUUACUAAUACACAUCUUAAUGAAUUAGUUGAAAAAAAAAUGAUUGAAAUGGAUCUAAAGAGAUUUGAAUCUGUUGAAGCUGGUUAAUUAUCAGGUGGUAAUAAAAGAAAAUUAUCAGUUGCUAUUGCUAUGAUUGGUAAUCCACUUAUUGUAUUUCUUGAUGAACCAUCUACUGGUAUGGAUCCAGAAGCUAGAAGAUUCAUGUGGAAUGUUAUAUCAAGAAUAUCUACUUAAAGAAAAUAAAGUUCAAUUAUAUUGACUACACAUUCAAUGGAAGAAGCAGAAGCAUUAUCAACAAAAGUUGCAAUUUAAGUAGAUGGUAAUUUAAGAUGUUUUGGAUCUGUCUAACAUGUCAAAAAUAAAUAUGGUUAAGGAUAUGAGGUUGAAAUUAAAUUAUAGAAACCAAAAAUUAAUUUUUUAGAUUAAAUUAUUGAUUAAAUGGGAUUAAGUAAAGGUAUAAGAUUAAAUCAAUCAGCUACUCUUAGUGCUUUAUAAAAGAUUCAUUAACCAUAAUUAAUGAAUUAAAUCUAACCUAAAGAAUCAGGAUCACAUUUGUAUAAUGAUUUAAAUAGACAUGGUAUUAGUGUUGAAACUUUAGCAGAAUAUAUACUAGUUGAAUAGAAUGGAAAAAAAUUAUUAGAUUUUAUUUAGUAAUAACUUGGAAAAUAUGAAAUUAUUGAACAUUUUUAAACAUUUUAUAGAAUUAGAUUACUUUCUAAUAUUUCUGCUGGUAAAUUAUUUUCGGCUUUUGAAAAGAAUAAAUAACAAUUGACAAUUUCCUAAUAUUCAAUUAAAUAAGCUUCAAUUGAAUAGAUAUUUAAUAUCUUUGCUAAACAAGAUCUAUUAUAGAAAGAUCAAAAAUAAGAAUAAGUUUAAAUUCAAGUAGAAUCAUGA